AUGGCACAGCCUGGGCCGGAGGUUCCCUACCCCUCUCAAUGUGGCCGCAAGAGGCCUGGUAAUACCCACUGGGACUCCUAUACUACCACGAUGAGGACUGCAUUCACGCCUAAGAUAGGAUCAAUGCCUGCUUUAAUUCGUCAAAAAGGUAUCCGAAGAUUAGGAUAUACAUAUUCACUUAGCGAUUCUCUUCACAAUCGGACACAAUACAAUGAUGAGUAUAUUUGGAAGCUACAUUCUAAAGAAGAUUUUUUCAAAUUUAGGACUCCAAGGGAUAUUGGGAGUCACAAUUCUCACUCCAGUCAAGACUUCUUUCAUUGGACGCUACCUCCAUUUCACUCAACAACAGUGAAGAGUUACUUCCCUUGGAAAAUCGCUGCUUCCAUGGACAAGGUCAGGAAAGCUGUAUCUAAUCAGUUUAUAUCCCAUACUAGGAGAGACUUUGUGGACAGAGCUGAAGCUCAGAAGAUUAAGCAAAGUUCUCAUAUGUUUCUGGAAUGGAAAAAGUUACUUUCCCAUCCCACAGACACUGAAUUUCGACGGAAUUACCAAGUUCCAGCUAAAAUUCCUGAGUUUCAGGAUUUUACUUUCAAAUAUGGAGGCUACUCAAGGCUACCAAUCGCUUCCCAGGGCCUAGUCCCUUCCGUGCUAUACAGCCACAUAAAGAAUCAGGACUGCACCAAGAAGCAGACCAUCUACCAGAGUGACUACGGGAAAGCCUACCUGGAUUUCUUAAUGAUCUUGAACUCAUUUACUCCCUCUCAAAUAGCUGAGUACCUGCAAAGUGUCCCUUGCAAAGACAGAAAAAUUCUUGAUCGCUUUAUUCGCUCUUACUAUCGCAUUGACAAAGAGAUGGAAAAGGAAAACAGUCCAAGUGA